CGCCCCAUUGGCUGCUUCCGCGUAACUAGUAACAUUCAAAACUCGUGAAGUCAGUCAUUUUUCGGAGUCUGUUACUCGCUGCUUGUUUUUCUUUUCUCACCCUAGAUCGGUUAUGAACGCGCUCUGUUGCUCUUUAUGUAUUUGUACCAUCGAUUUCAGAGAAAACAAGAACUGGAGGUGGAAUGAGAAACAACAACAGCGACGACGACAAACCAUUAAAACGAACUGGUCUCUUUUCGCCGCGGCGCAUUGACUGCAUUCCGCUUUGCCUCUCGACACACGGUGCGACUCCUUGUGCAUUAAUUAAUCAAUCAGUGCUGUGAUUAAAAAAAAGGAUCCCGAAAAGUAUCAUGGAGAGAAGCGGAGGCGACGGGGAAGAGAAAAGCAAGUUCGAUAUGCUGGAGGACAACAGAACCGACUCCGGUAUCGAAUCCUUUAGGUCUUUAACCAGAGACGAUCGAUGCAGCACCACGAGCUCGGUACCGGAUCAUCAAAGCGGGAGAGAAGAGCAGGACAAACUCAUCACAGAUGAGCGCUUGGACUCGUCUUAUGGCUCUUCAUCACUGACCUCAGAAAGUCUGAGCGAUCUUAUGGGUAAAUGCAGCGUUUCGGGGACUCGACCCGAGCAGGGCCAGUACACAGUGGAUUACACCGAGGAGGAGGGAAACCUGCUAGCAACCGUCACUGAAGAUGGAGACACGUAUCUCCAUUUGGCUAUAAUCCAUGAGUUGGAAACGUUCACCCACCAGCUCAUAAAUCUGUUCCCCAAAGAGAUCCUGGACAUCCAGAAUAAUCUCUAUCAGACCCCACUGCACCUGGCCGUCUACCUGAACCAGGUGGCUGUGGUGAAGGCCCUGGUGGUGAACGGUGCAUGUCUAGAGCUUCAGGAUCAGGAUGGAAACACACCGCUCCAUGUGGCCUGCGAGCACGGAAGGUUUGAGUGUGCUAAUGAGAUGAUUCGUCAGGCUUCGCCCUCCAUGCUCACCCCAGUGUUCGAGACACAGAACUGGAGAGGUCUGACCUGCCUCCAUGUUGCUACGCUGCACAAACAUCACCGAAUCAUGAAACUGCUGAUGAGGAAAGGUGUGGACCUGAACCUCCAGGAGGGAACGAGUGGGAAAACAGCACUGCACAUGGCUGUGGAGCUGCAUGAUGUGGAUGCAGUGACACUGCUGCUAACCAAAGGCGCCAACGUAGAUGCUGCUAUGCUAAACGGCUGCACAGCACUCCACCUGGCAGUCGGGCGUCAAGACGCCGCCAUCACCAGCCACCUGUGCCAGGCAGGAGCUGAUAAAAUGAUCCGUAACAUCGAGGACGAGACCGCGUUGGAUCUCGCUGACGGCAACGACGAUAUACUUGCACUACUGCCGUUCGAUGACAUCCAGAUCAUGGGCAGAAUUGUUGGCUUGAAUUUCUGAGCGCGUCCCUGCUGUCCGUGAACUCUGGGGACUUCUUAACAUUCAAAUUAGCUUUACUUUCUACAAGCUCAUCUAUUUUGAAUGUUGAUGUACGUUGGCGUUGUUUAAUUUAUACACAGGUUUUGGGUAAAAAUGUUUAUUUUUCAAAUUUGUUCCGCAUGAUAAUCAGAUAUUUUUUUUAUAUGGUUCUAGAUUUUUGAGCAUUCUGUCUUCUGGUGGUUUCUUCUUAACCGUUCAAUAUCGCACAUGAUGAUGAUAAACACCUAGCUGGAACAUUGAAAUACCUCAUAAUAUAAAGGAAGCAGAUA